CUUAGAAUUUAGCCGUUCGCAGCACCUCGAGUCUUGCUGUGGCGAGGCAGAGUCCUGUUCUUGUUUGGCGUAUAUGUGCAGUAGUGUAAAAUUCUGAGAAAAUGAGCAUCGAAACUCUUGCUGAUAGGGAUGGAUUGGACUUGGAAAAAAAAUCAAAAGAAAACAGGAGUGCAGACGGGAAUCAACCAGUCGGAGAUGGACACAUGGUUGUGAAUGGAAUUUCUAAUGGAUAUACUGAUCAGCAUGUUAAAAAGGAGCACAAAUCAGAACAUAAACACAGAGAUAAAGACAAACAUAAAGAUAGACAUAAGGAUCAUAAAGACAAAGAAAAGCAUAGAGAUAAAGACAAGCAGAGCUCAACUGGAAAGGAAAAGGACAAACAUCACAGCAGCAGUAGUAGCAGUAAGGAUAAAGAGAGAGAGAAAGAGAAGAAGCAUAAAGAUGAAAAAAAGGACAAGGUUCGAGAGCACACAAGUAGUUCAUCCAGCAAAGACAAGGAGCACAAGAGUUCAAGCUCUGGUAAGGAGAAACAUAGCAGUAGCAUUUUGAAUAAGGAUAAGGACAAACAUGGCAGCAGUUCGAGCCACAAGCACAGUUCCAGCUCUUCUAGUAGCAAGGACAAGCACAGCAUUUCAAGUUCAGUUCGGGAUAAGGAGAAGCAUGGGUCUAGCUCUAACAAGGACAAGCACAAUAGUUCUAGUUCAGAUCGGAAGCACAAGGACAAAUCAAAAGACAGGGACUCCAAAGACAAAGUUAAAUUAAAGGAGGGUGACAAACAUCGAGAGAAAAAGGAGAAGACUGAAAAAGUAGUAAAGAUUAAGGUGGAGGAAUAUGAGGAAGAAGACCAGCAUCAAUAUGUGCCGUCACAGCCUAUGGCAUGGAUAAAGGAGGAACCUGUGAACCACAAUGAGAGGCUCGUGCAUUCUGUAAAUGAAUCAGGAGAUCAGUCUUCUGUAAACUUCAAGUCAGAGACUGCCACUAAGAUUAAGGUUGAAGAAGACAUUGAAGAUGACAUUCCUCUGUGGCGAAGUGAAGACAGGGCUCACAGAUCUGGGCUGGCAUCGCGGUCAGUUGUAGGAGAGGUCAAGCGAAGAUUGGAGGAUUCUGAUGAUGAUGAUGUUCCUCUUAUGGCUAGGAAGAAAAUUAAAAAGGAGUCCAAGAAACAAAAAGAAGAGAGUGAUGAGGAAGAGUUCAAACCUGUGAAGAAAAAGUCUAAGAAAGGAAAUGUUAAGGAAGAGAUAACACCACAGAGCAGUCCAAGGAAAAAAAAGAAAGAAGAGGAACAGCAGGAGGUUUGGAAAUGGUGGGAAGAGGAAAAGAAGGAUGAUGGCACAAAAUGGAAAUUCUUGGAACACAAAGGACCAGUGUUUGCACCACUUUAUGACAGAUUACCUCCUGACAUCAAGUUCUUUUAUGAUGGAAAGGAGAUGACAUUGUCUGAACCUACAGAAGAGGUUGCAAGCUUCUAUGCCCGUAUGCUGGACCAUGACUAUACCACUAAAGAAGCAUUCAAUAAGAAUUUUUUUAAGGAUUGGCGGAAAGUUAUGACAGAUAAGGAGAAAGAAAGAAUAACUGAUCUUUCAAAAUGCAAUUUCAAACAAAUGCAUAAGUACUUCUUGGCCAAGGCAGAAGAGCGCAAAGCAAUGAGUAAAGAGGAAAAGAAGAAACUCAAGGACCAGAAUGAAGAAAUAGUAAAGGAAUAUGGAUUCUGUGUUAUUGAUGGUCAUACAGAACGUAUAGGCAACUUUAAAAUUGAACCGCCGGGAUUAUUUAGAGGACGAGGGGAACAUCCCAAAAUGGGAAUGCUCAAAAAACGUGUGAUUCCAGAAGAUGUCAUUAUUAACUGCAGUAAAGACUCGAAGAUUCCAAAACCACCUGAUGGUCAUAAAUGGAGAGAAAUACGACAUGACAAGAAUGUAACGUGGCUUGCAAGUUGGACAGAAAAUGUCCAAGGUCAGGUAAAAUAUGUUAUGUUGAACCCAUCAUCAAAACUAAAGGGUGAGAAGGAUUGGCAGAAAUAUGAGACUGCUCGUAAACUUGCAAAGUGCAUUGAAAAAAUCCGACAAGAGUAUCAGGAUGACUUUAAAUCAAAGGAGAUGCGCAUCAGGCAGCGUGCUGUUGCACUUUAUUUCAUUGAUAAGUUAGCUCUUCGAGCUGGUAAUGAAAAGGACGAGGAUCAAGCAGACACAGUGGGCUGUUGUUCACUCCGUGUUGAGCAUAUCUCUCUGCACAGUCAGAAGGAUGGAAAAGAUUAUGUUGUAGUCUUUGAUUUCCCGGGUAAAGACUCAAUUCGUUAUUACAAUGAAGUGUCUGUGGAGAAGCGUGUGUUCAAGAAUUUACAACUUUUCAUGCAGAACAAAUCAACUGGGGAUGAUCUUUUUGACAGACUCAAUACUACUGUCCUAAACAAACACUUGAAUGAAUUGAUGGAAGGUUUAACUGCAAAGGUUUUCCGAACAUACAAUGCCUCUUUCACUCUUCAAGAACAACUCGAUAAACUGACCGAUCCUGACUACACUGUUCAGGAGAAGAUCUUAGCAUAUAACCGUGCAAAUCGCGCUGUGGCAAUCUUGUGUAACCAUCAACGUGCCGUUCCCAAAACACAUGCAAAGUCCAUGGAGAAUCUGAAGGGGAAGAUCGAUGCGAAGAAAGAAAUGGUACAAGAUGCAGAAAGACAGUACAAGGAUGUCAAGCAUGAGCACAAACGAAAUGGUUCUGCAAAGAAUAAAAUCGACAUGGAGAAACGGAAGAAGGCUCUAGAAAAAUUAAGGGAGCAGCUGGCCAAGUUGGAACUUCAAGCAACAGAUAAGGAGGAAAACAAGGAAAUUGCCCUUAGUACCUCCAAAUUGAAUUAUUUAGACCCACGGAUAUCUGUGGCAUGGUGCAAGAAGCACAAUGUUCCCAUUGAGAAGAUCUACAACAAAACUCAACGAGACAAGUUCCGUUGGGCCAUUGACAUGGCUGGUCCCGAUUAUGUGUUUUAACGACCAUCUUGCUACUUGCUAGCUGGAAGAGUCAUAUCUUGGAGGGAUUGUGUUCACUGACAUGUGUGUUACAGUUGUAUAAUUUAUUGAAAAGGCGCAUUGGUUUUGCAGACCUACCAGAUCUUUGUGGAAGGGGGUGACUUGGUGAUGUGGAGAGUUGCCUUGUGUGGAUCAGUUGCGACUUUGUAAGCUGCCAAUUCAUAAAAAGAAACAUUCAGAACUAAAUUUCUGGUUUUUAUGGUUGACAGUAAGUUAAGUAUCUUUUGAGGAUAAUUUUUACUGGAUUUGAUAUGAAGCCCAAGUAUUGUUUGUGUAUAAGUUAUUAGUGAUGACUUUAUAUAUAGUGAUUUUAAUUUUAUUAGGUGGUAAAUUUCCAUACCACAUAAACGUUGGCCCUGAGGUGAGAGACGUGGAAGUAAUAGAUGCUUUUUGUCUUAGCAGUGUGUGAAUGUAAUUCUGUGGAGUGUUUUAUCAUGAGAUAAAUUCACGGCCUUAUUUUUAAGUAACAGAAUGCACUUCUGCUGUACUAGGCCAAGUACUGGACAUCAAUUUUAAUUUUUGUCAACCUUUGCAUCUGAUACUGAACUACUCUGGUUGUUUUUAUAUAUACAUAUAUUUAAUUGACUUCUGAAAAUUGUCAUUAUAGCAAGUUGUCAGUGUUUGAAUUUUUUGUUAUUGGUUUUGUCUCAGUUGCAAUAUCUUUUAAAAUUCCCUGGUGUGGUUUAGAGCAUGGAGCAUUCCUGGCCAUCCAUUUUGGGCACAUUUUUGUGUAAUGGAUGCAACCAAAGCCUGCCUUUCCAGUUGUGUUGAAAGUUGACCAAAGCAUGGAAUUACUGCUAUAUAUAUAUAUAUGUAAUUUAAUAUAGGGAGGGAUUGGGAACUGCUGCGGCUUAAAGCAUAACACUUGCCAAUUCAAUUGGACCACCACAGCACAUUUUACCUUAUGUCAGAAUGGAUAUUCUGUACAUUAGAAAAAUAAAUGAUUUAAAAGUCAAAAUUA